CGAAUAGUCCUAACAGACAGACCGAGUGUGAGAGUGAAAAACCCAAACAAUAUCUCCUUUGUUGUUGAAUUUCUGAAACAAAAACCCUAGAAAAUUCAAUUUUUGCAGAGCUUUCUCUCUCAUCAGAGCUUCAUCAAUGGAGUCGGAUGGUCAAAGACGAUGCCACUAUCAGCCGCAGCAGCAGCAGCAGCAGCUGCAGCCGAAGGAAGUGGACCCGGGGAUGUGGCUAUGUUGUGCUGGAAGCUUGAUUCAAACAUCAAAUGUCAAUUCAAGGGUUUACUACUUCCCUCAAGGACACAUAGAGCAAGCUUCAGGCCCAGUUUCUCUCAGUGAAAGGGUAACUUCUCAACCUUUUGUGCAUAGUCGUGUUCUCGAAGUUUUGUUCCUUGCUGAUCCCAUCACCGAUGAAGUAUUCGUGAAUUAUCGUCUUCAACCUUUGAAUCCAACUGGAAUUACUUACGAAGGUCCUGCAACCGCUGACGGUGGUGGUGGCGGUGGCGGUGGCGUUAACGGGUUUGUUUCGUUCGGGAAGGUUUUGACACCUUCAGAUGCGAACAAUGGUGGAGGAUUCUCUGUGCCGCGGUUUUGUGCUGAUUCGAUUUUCCCACCGUUGGAUUUCGCCGCCGAUCCACCGGUGCAGAACAUCAGAAUCGUUGAUGUUCAAGGAAUAGUGUGGAUAUUCAGGCAUAUUUACCGUGGGACCCCUAGAAGACACUUGUUGACUACUGGUUGGAGCAAGUUUGUUAAUGGUAAGAAGCUAAUUGCAGGGGAUACUGUUGUUUUUAUCAGGAAAAAGCUAACUGGGGAGUUGUUUGUUGGGAUUCGAAGGGCUUAUAAGACGCCGCCUGUUUUAACCGGCGCCUAUGCAGCUCUGGCGGCCAGGCCUAAACCAUCGCCGCCUGUAGGGGGUUUUUCGAGGACUAAGAAGGGGAGGGUGCCACCAGAGGCGGUGGUUGAGGCGACGGAGAGAGCAUUGAAAGGGUUGCCGUUCGAAGUGGUGUAUUAUCCGAGGCCUGGGAUGUUUGAAUGCGUGGUGGCUGCUGGGAAGGCGGAGGCGGCUUGUAGUAAGCAUUGGGCGCCUGAUGUGCGGGUCAAAUUGGCCCAAGAAACUGAAGACGGGUCAAGGAUGACGUGGUAUAAUGGGAAGGUUGCUUCCUUGGUCGUUGGUCCUGAUCCUGGAUCUUGGCGUGGUUCUUGUUGGCGGAUGCUUGAGGUUACUUGGGAUGAGCCUGAACUUUUGAAAAACAUGAAGACGGUUAGUCCGUGGCAAGUUGAGUAUGUUGCAGAUGCACCUAUUCAUGGUGUAUUUCCCCUCACCAAAAGGUUUAAGGGUGCGCAGGAAGGUGUUCGACUUACUGACGGGGAGGGAGAAAUCUCCUUUUCUUCAAUUGCAUUCAGUUCAAUGAUGGACAAAUAUACCCCAUCAUCCUAUAUAAAUUACAACAAUAUUCCUGCGGGCAUGCAGGGAGCCAGGCAAAUUCCUUUUCCUCUUCCAUCUAGUUCACCUAUUAUCAUCAAUGAUGGCAGCUCUCGUCAGAGGUGCCCUGAUGAUAAUGUGGACAUUUCACAAAAGGUGGUGGAAGCUCAAGCGUCCACUGACCCGAAUGUUGCUAGUUCGUAUGAGACAUCUUCACCCGAGAGCUCAAGCAGUGUGCAGUUACCCAGUAAAGGGUUCACUUCAUUUCAGCUGUUCGGAAAGGUUAUUCAGACGGAGCUGCCUCUUCUGGAAGCGCCUCAUAUCGAACUGCCUCAUAUCGAACUGCCUCAUAUGGGGCCGCCUUUCGUAAAUAGAGAUGACAUAAGCUGUACAGAAUGUGAUGACUAUACAACUGAAGGCGCUAGGAAUACUGUGGAUAAUUCCUUGUCAGAGACUACUCAGUCUCAGAAAUUACCUAUGAGGAAAAAUUAUGCUUUGUGAUGGUGAUUUGCAAUGUGAGGAGACUGGGAGGGUUGUACAGCAGUACAGUUUCAGGUACGUGGGAUUGGUGUACGCAGGCAUGCACCAGAUAGUUCGUAUGUAGUUCAGUUCCGGACCUAAGUUACUAGCUAGUAGCUUGUUUGUUGAUGGGUAGUUUGUUUUUCCCUUCGGAUGGUUUGUUUUGGAGGAGUUGUAAAUUCUGAACUCAGAAGUUUGGAUAAUUUGCGUGUGAUGGUGUGUGUGUGUUUAGAUUUUGGACAUGAAUGUGGAUUUAUCCCAAAUUAGAAUGGGAAAUAAACCAUAAAACUUUUUUCCCAAAAAAAAUAGGGUGUUGAGAAUUUGAUCCUUUUCAGUAAGGCAUUCUUGAUCAAAUAUUUUCAUUG